AUGGGCGAAGGUUUGACCGAUAAGGAAGCGAAGGAGCUGCUGAAGCUUCCGGAUGCCGAAACGAAGAACUUCUUGUUCCAACAAACGAUGUACCGCAUUAAAGAUCCACGGGCUUCGCUUCCGUUCUACAACGAGGUGCUGGGCAUGAAUCUGCUUUGCAAGCUGGACUUUGCAGAGGCCAAAUUCUCCCUCUACUUUAUGGGCUACGAGGACAUUGGCAGUCAACCGUCGGAUCGGAAGGAAUGCAUUCAGUGGGCAAUGAGUCGGAAAGCGACGCUGGAGCUUACCCACAACUGGGGCACGGAGAAUGAUCCCGAGUUUAAGUACCACAACGGUAACAGUGAUCCGCGCGGAUACGGUCACAUCGGCAUUAUGGUGCCAGACGUAAAGAAGGCGUGCGAGCGGUUCGAUCGGUUGGGCGUCGAGUACGUCAAGCGUCCGGAUGAGGGCCGUAUGAAGGGAUUGGCCUUCAUCAAGGACCCGGACGGUUACUGGAUUGAGAUCUUCAAUGCAUCCACGGUUCAGGCGCACUAA